ACAAAUAACUUAGACCUUUACAAAAUCAGGGCUGACCACCUGGAUGUUUGUACUAUAAUUUAUGUAGUAUAAUAAACUCUUGUCGGUAGAUUCAUUAUAUCGACUAUACUAUCUUUAGAAGUGCGAGGAAGUACACAUUUAAACUGUUUAUCAUUUAACACACACAUUUGUUGAGUUUAUAACACUUCAGUGUUGUUUUCAAGUAAAUCUAGCAGAGGUUGUUUUGCGCUCUGAUUACGCAGAGUGCAUUUAGAACUUUGCUUUAAAACGUAUUGUUCAACAAUGGAGGAUAAAUCUUACAGUUUUGUCACAGGCAGGAAAAACACAUUUCAUAUUCUGGAUUAUGUAUUUUUCAUUGGAACUUUGGUUGUUUCUUUACUCAUCGGAUUAUUCUUCGGAUACAGAGGGAGAAGCAAACAUAGUACAAAAGAGGUGCUUCUUGCAGGAGGAAAAAUGCAUUUUAUACCUGUGUCAAUGUCACUUUUGGCAAGUUUCAUGUCGGCUAUAACACUGCUCGGUACUCCAGCAGAAAUGUAUAAUUUUACUACGAUGUACUGGUACAUUGGAAUCUCUUAUUUCUUUGUUAUGUUCAUGGCAGCACACAUCUAUCUUCCCGUCUUCUAUAACCUCGGGGUCACCAGUGUAUAUGAGUAUUUGGAACAUCGGUUCAGCAAAGGUGUCAGAACAGCAGGCAUGUGUAUAUUCUCAUUGCAAAUGAUGAUCUAUAUGUCAAUUGUUUUGUAUGGACCAUCUUUAGCAUUAAAUGCGGUAACUGGUUUAUCUUUGUGGGGUGCUGUUGCUUCAGUUGGUAUCGUCUGCAUGAUUUAUACUGCACUGGGCGGAAUGAAAGCAGUGUUAUGGACGGAUUCUUUUCAAGUUGUGAUGAUGAUUACUGGUGUUUUAGCUACACUGAUCCAAGGCUCUAUAGAAGUUGGAGGAUUUGCUAAAGCAUGGGAAAUAGCAGCUGAAAAUGAGAGAGUAUGGUUUGCAGAUUUUAGAGUAGAUCCAUCCGUCCGUCAUAGUGCCUGGGCUUUAGUCAUUGGUGGAUCAUUUCUAUGGGUAUCAGUCUAUGGUACUAACCAAGCACAAGUCCAAAGGGCUCUUACAUGUAAAUCCUUACGAGAUGCUAAAAUAGCACUAUGGUUAAAUUUUCCAGGCCUGUGUAUUAUUCUAUAUUUGUGUUGUUUGGUUGGCAUUGUUCUGUAUGCAUUUUACAGACACUGUGACCCAGUGACAUAUGGCCUCAUUAUGGCAUCAGAUCAGCUUUACCCUCUGUUUGUGAUGGAUAUUAUGGGGCAUGUUCCUGGCGUCCCUGGAUUGUUUGUUGCCUCCAUUUUCAGUGGAAGUUUAAGCACAUUGUCUUCUGGAUUAAACUCAUUGUCAGCUGUUUUGUUACAAGACAUCGUUAAACCAUAUAUAGCUCCAAACAUUACUGACCAAAGAGCAGCAGCACUCACCAAAGUCUUUGCAAUUAUGUUUGGAAUUAUUUGUUUAAGUCUUACAUACGUGGCAUCUUUACUGGGCGGAAUUCUGCAGGCAGCUCUUGCUGUAUUCGGCAUGUUUGGAGCUCCCAUGCUUGGUCUCUUCACCCUUGGUAUGAUAUUCCCGUGGGCAAAUAAAUGGGGAGCCUAUAGUGGUCUUGCCAGCAGUUUGAUUAUGAUGUUCUGGAUAGGAAUAGGAGCUUAUGUAACUAAACCAGACUUAGGAAGAGCUCCGAUCUCGUUAGCAGGAUGUCCAAACUUCACAGUAUUUACAAAUGGAACAAACACAUAUGUAGAAUAUGCCAAUUAUUCAAUGUUGUAUAAUUCCACAACUACUUCUAUAGCAGAUCUAACUCCUGUUCCACCUGUAAAGGACUCGAACCCAGUUGAUAAGUUGUACACACUGUCUUACGUAUGGUACAGCUUUACAGCUGUGUUGAUUGUUGUGUUUGUUGGGAUGAUUGUAACAUUGAUAACAGGUAAAAAAGAUCCAAAGACAAUAGAUGCUAGAUUGAUAUGUCCAAUAUUUGACGUUGUCUUUCCGUAUCUACCAGAAAAAAUACUCAAACCUCUCAGAUUUGGAGUCAAUCAUAAAGGGAAAUAUGACAUUAAACCAACACAAUCUGAAAUGCCUUUAAAGGACAAGAAUCCCAGCCUAGGAAAUACAGACCAACUGGUCAAUGGUAUUGAGACUGAAAUGGAAAUUAUGGUUCAAAAUCCUGAUGACAAAGACAAAGAGAAUGUAACAUUUAACUUGGAGAAUGACAAUAUGAAAUCUUAAUGAUAGUGAAAGAGACAAUCCACCAGAACAGUAUUCUUAUCAGACAUUUUUUGUAGAUAAAAGCAACUUCAUUAGAAUUAACAUUCAUUUCUCAAAUAUACAUCCAUCCUUUUUUAUUUUACUUGUACAUAUAGGGCAAAUGUUAAUAAAUAGUUGUUUGUUUGUA